GUUGAGGACACAUAGUGGGAACUGAAAUUUCAUAAAAACCAUCAUUUUCUUUUUAGGCUUUUUCUGCUUCAGUUUUCAGUUCUAGUUGUUAUAUAUUCAUCUCUAUAUUUGCCUUUUUGUCUACUGAUACAACAGUCUGCUUGUAGUAAAUCACUUGAAAUCUGUGAUCUUUCUUUGAAGCUUUGCAAAAACCACAGUAAAAUAGUUUCUAGGAUUUCACACAUUUCUUUUUCUGCCCUUUUUUUAUCUAGUUGGUUUUUGUGGAGGUUGCUAUUCUGAGUACUUUUGAGAAAACUCAGAAAAAAGUUUCCCUUUUCUUUUUUUAUUUGUGGGAAGCUAUUGGGCCAAAAGUAAGGAAGGUUCUUGCUACCAGAAAAUCAGCUUUUCAUCAGAAAAAGAAAUAGGAUUUAUACCUAUAAAUAUUUGGAAGGGUUGUUAGCUGCUGCUUCUUGGUAUUCCAAAAGGAUCAAAGCUAUAUACCUGACUGGAUAAUUUUUUUUUAUAGUAUCAGUAUAAUUCAGCAUAUUAUAGUAGAGCAAUACAAAACAGAGGAAAAAACAAUGGAAGAUUUUCAAGAAGAAGAUAUAUGGGCUAUUAAUGUGAAGGAAAGAAAAGGUUAUUCAGGUUCAGUAAUGAAGAGGAAAUUAGCCACUGCUCCAAAGGUGAUUCCAAGAGCUAAAAUUACACCAAUGCACCAGCAAUCAUCAACUCCAGUUAAUAUUCCUGAUUGGUCAAAAAUUUAUAACAAGAAAAAAUCAAGUAGAUUCUUGAAAAAUGGUUCAUGGGAUAGUGAUGAAAAUGUUGAAAAUAUUGUUGUAGAAGAUGAAGAUUGUGAUUAUGAUUUUGGUGAUGGAAUGGUACCACCACAUGAAUAUAUAGCUAGAAGAGUUGCAAGAAGUCAAAUUGCUCCUUUUUCUAUGUGUGAAGGUGUUGGGAGGACACUUAAGGGAAGAGAUCUUAGCAAAUUGAGGAAUGCCAUUUUAACCAAAACUGGUUUCUUGGAAUAAAUCAAACAAUAUAUUAGGUGUAACAGCGCAGGUCCGGUAGUGAUAUUGUCUGCUCUGGGCAUAGGCAUCCACGAGUUUAAAAUGCGUCACUAGUGUUUAAGAUUUAUUAACUUAUAUAUCCAGCAUCUCUUUUGUGUUUUACCGAUGUAAGACCCUUUCUAAAGUCUGGGAUGUUACAUUAGGUUCCAUGCUUUUCUUAUUUUUAAGAAAGUGAUGUUUGGAUUAGUUUGUUAGUAUCUCAACUAUAUUACUGUGUACCUGCUCAAA